AUUGGUGCGCCGUUGUGAUUGUCGUUAAGUCUCGAUGUUCUCACGCAGUACUAUGUAUCAGAAACGAAAUGGCUGAAGAAGAGGUCGAGCAAACUUCUGGAAUUCUUCAGGAGAUUUUCACGUCGCCUCUGAACAUAAGCUUGUUAUGUCUCUGUUUAUUUUUGUUAUACAAAAUCGUCCGCGGAGACAAGCCUGCAGACAUGGGCCAGUAUGAGGAGCCGUUACCUAAACUCAAGAGACGAGAUUUCACAUUAGCAGAACUGCAGGAGUACGAUGGCGUGAAAAACUCAAGAAUUCUGAUGGCUGUCAACGGGAAAGUGUUUGACGUGACAAGAGGGAAGAAGUUCUACGGGCCAGAGGGCCCUUAUGGGGUCUUUGCUGGCAGGAAUGCCUCCAGAGGGUUAGCCACAUUCUGUUUGGAGAAGGAGGCCUUAAAAGACACUUAUGAUGAUCUUUCGGAUCUCAGUGCCAUGCAGCAGGAGAGCCUGAGCGAAUGGGAGACCCAGUUCACACAGAAAUAUUAUUAUGUAGGGAAGCUUCUUAAACCAGGAGAAGAACCGACAGAGUACACAGAUGAUGAGGAAGUCAAGGACAAAAAGAAGGAUUAGAACAUGCAGAUCACAAGAUGGAUCCAAACCUACUACUUCCCAUCUGUUCUUGUGUGACCUAGUUUUGUUCCAGUCACACUUGCUGAUUGCUCGGUUUGACUGUUUUGUCUGAACCUCCAUGUCAUUUCAGAUGCACCACCAUGACCUUAAAUUAGCAUCUCUUAAGUUUAUAAACAGAAUUUCAUAUCAGUGUUUUCUUAAAAGUAAUGUAAUAACUGCAGCAACUGUGACCUGUAAUGUCAUUUGUAGUUAUUCCUAGGCAAAAAUAUGUUUCAGGAAUAUAUGGCGUGCUGUUAAUAUGGGACACAAUUCUCGCUCUUUUUAUUUUGAUUGUUGACAACUUUUUUUUUUUUUUAACCAAAGAAACAUUAAACCAAACAAAUUACACAAACAUACACUUCAGAAUAUUUUGUGGAAUUUUAAGAUGAAAUGUGGAAGAGGAGAUUUCGCUAAAGGGUGCUUGAGGGGCCAGUUUCACUGAUACAGAUUAAGACUAGACCCAUAUACUAUACUAAGUGGGUUUCCAAUAGGGAAUCAGUAAGAUCAUCACAUGCUAGUCUUAAUAUGUGCUCAGGAUAAUUUUACAUAGAUGUGACAUUCCAUGAAGUUUUUGACAUUGUUACCAAUACAAGUAUUUUUAAAACACA